AUUCCCAUUGUUAUCAAAGCUAAUCCUUUCAAUUCAAAAGAAAACAUGGGAGGCUGUGCGAGCAAACCUAAGGAAUCUGACAUCGUCGAAGGCUCUGUCCCGACAGACAAUGUUGUUGUUGAGUCCAAGGAUGUCACGACCGAGACAGAUACCACAUUAACUCAGGAGAAGAAGGAAGAGUCUAGCGAAGAGGUAAAGAAGGAAGAGUCUAUCGAAGAGGUAAAGAAGGAAGAGUCUAGUGAAGAGGCAAAGAAGGAAGAGUCUAGCGAAGAGGCAAAGAAGGAAGAGUCUAUCGAAGAGGUAAAGAAGGAAGAGUCUAGUGAAGAGGCAAAGAAGGAAGAGUCUAGCGAAGAGGCAAAGAAGGAAGGCGAGACAAAAGAGGAGGACCCCUUUGAGGAAACCAAGGCCGAGCCAGCUCCAGAAGCUGUGAAGGCAGAUGAGAAAGCUCCUUCUGAGACUGAGCCACCAACACAAGAGACCGCACCUGUCAAAACCGACGACGCGCCUCUUGUGAUUCUUUGA